AUGGACAAGGAGGGAGUCUCAAAAUCAAUAACCGCGUAUCUUGAGCAGAAUCCGAUCAAACCAUGGUUCAGCCCUUUCAGAUCUGUAAAGGCUGCGAUGGUUCGUGGACAUCCCUGGCUUGAAGACCUCCAGAGAUUUCCUAGUUCAAGGGUUAAAGUGGAAUUUCUUCCUACGGCCUCGGGGACAUCACCGGCGGAAUUGACUCCGGAACUACUUUACUCGUUGACCCGUCGUUAUGGCAAGUUGGCAGAUAUUAUCCCACAGCCGUCUGAUUCAAAAGUCCAACCUAGGUAUGCGCUUCUCGAUUUUAGGAGCACUGGUUAUGCUGUUAUGGCGAAGAACUGUCUGCACGGAUACAAAGUUUCUGCAGCUGAAGGUGGAGGAAGUGCGGGCACGCUCUUAAAGAUGUCAUACGAGCAGAAAAUAAAACCCCAUCUAAUAAGAGACUGGAUAGUCAAUCACCCGAGAAUCGUGAUACCCAUUAUAGCUGCGCUCCUCGCCACUCUCACCGUUAUUAUAUUCGAUCCCAUCCGAACUUUCUUCAUCAAAAUCCGGAUUGCGCCGCCUCUUGACGUUCAUAACAGCAGGAUGUGGUUAUGGGUCCAACGACAGGCAAGCAAGGCCAACGAUAUGUUCUCUUUCCGUCAAAGACAGCGCUCGGAUUCUGGUGGCUUACAGGCGAUAUGGGAAGAUCGCAAAGGCGACAUCCAACAACUGCAAAACUGGUUGAUCGAAGCUACAAAUACGUUCACGAUCGUGCAGGGCCCUAGAGGUUCGGGAAAAAGGGAACUUGUACUCGAUGAAGUAUUGAAGGGUUACAAGCACAGAUUAGUAAUUGACUGCAAGCCGAUCCAAGAAGCACGAGGCGACAGCGCAACUAUAAACGCCGCUGCGGCAGAAGUUGGCUAUCGGCCGGUGUUUUCGUGGAUGAAUAGCAUCAGCAGCCUCAUCGACGUAGCAACGCAAACACUAGGCGCAAAUGCUGGCCUUUCGGAGACUCUCGAUUCGCAGUUAGGGCAUAUUCUCCAGAAUACUGCCAAUGCGUUGAAAAAGGUAGCUCUGGAAAAGAAAAAGAUGAAUGAAGUAGAUGCCGAUAUGACGGACGACGAGUUCCUCGAAAGACACCCCGAGUGCAGGCCAGUUGUUGUUAUUGACAACUUCCUACACAAAGCCAACGACAACCAGAUGAUAUACAAUAAACUUUCGGAUUGGGCCGCAGGGCUUACGGUCUCCAACAUUGCACGUGUCAUUUUUUUGACUGGCGAUAUCUCGUACUCCAAAACACUCAGUCGAGCGCUGCCGAAUCAAGUAUUUCACGAAAUUCAACUAGGAGAUUGCACACCCGAGGUUGCCAAACAAUUUGUUCUCGAUCACCUCCACACUGAUAGGAGCAAUGACGGCCAUAAGACCAAGGUUCAACUAGAAACCUUAGAGGGCGGUCAUAUGAACGAGCUUGAAAAAUGUAUUCAAACUUUGGGUGGCCGGCUAUCAGAUCUGGAAUUUUUUGCAAGGAUGAUCAGCAGAGGAGAAAGCCCAGAAGCCGCCGUCAACGACAUUGUUGAUCAAUCCGCUGCUGAAAUUCUGAAAAUGUACAUCGCUGAUGUUGAUAAUGCGGUUCGAAAUUGGUCACCGGAACAAGCCUGGUAUUUGAUCCGCAAUCUUGCGGAAGCCGAAAACGACAGUGUGCUUUACAGCCAGGCAUUGUUCUCUGACAUGUUCAAGACGAACGGGGAGAACACGAUCCGCGCCCUUGAGCAGGCGGAGCUAAUCUCCGUAACGACACUCAACGGUCGCCCUUCAACCAUUAAGCCAGGCAGGCCUGUGUUUGCAGCUGCCUUUAAGCGAUUGGUUGAAGAUGAUGUGCUCCGGUGUCGGCUGGGGCUGCGUACACUUGGGCAGCAAAUAGCGAUGGAAAACGCAAACAUCACCAAGUACGAAGGAGAAUUGCAAGUACUGGGCUCGUUGGAAAAGGAGCCCAAGGAAAUUAGACCUCGAGUUCGGUGGCUGCUUACCAAGCUGGAAAACAGCCAUGCGAACAUUGAGAGGUAUGAGCAGGAAAGUGCUGGGCUGAAGAAGAUCCUACAAUCCAAAAUGUGA